AUGGAUAGCAGCUCAAAUUCAGACAAUGAGAAAUUUUUGAAUCGCUUUAGAAAGCCAUAUGAAAGAGUCUUAUGCCUGACUCUGUAUACAGCAGUCAUAAUAAUUGCAAUUAUCGACAUUGUUAUAGGGACAAUGGGCUUUUCAACAAUGAUAACUCUUAGCUCAGCAAAGCAAUGCAGCCAAUAUACGCUCUAUUUAGAGAUGCAAGCCCUUGUUAAUAUGCAGCCUUUUCUUUCGCGAUAUCAGGAUUAA